AAGCAAGUGAAGAACGAGCUGCCUUCAAUCUUCUAGUCGAUCAACAACUUCCUCAUCUAGCUCUAUCGCAAUCCCGGUUACUCACAUCCGUCAUCAUGUCGAGCUGCGACUGCGACAGGAAGACCAGCAAUGGAGGCAACUGCGACUCCAGCUGCAAGGAGUGCGAGCCCACUUUCGUCUUCGAGACCACCUCAAGCCCAAAGAUGGUCUACUCCCCUGUGGUGGUGACCGCCAAGGCUGCUGGAGUUGUGGCUGUUGAGGCUUCCGUCGCAGAUAUAGGCCAGUGAAUCUGUCGAUUGAAGGUCUAGAGAUGCAUCCGGUCAUGGGAAUAUGCAUAAGCCUACUCUGUAUUCGAGGACGAAUGUUCAAGUUCUUAUAGCUCUGCACUCGACCUUGACGAAGUAAAAUAACUUACGCCAUCGGGUAUGCAUGCCCCGGGCUUAGCCAAUUGAAGUUCCGCUCAGACUGGCCAUGGGCGGGCCCAUCAACACUCAUUACAUGCCUUGCCAUGCGACCAGACAAUCGGUAACUUUUUUGUCUGAGGAUGUAUUCUCGACUCUUCAAUAAAAUCAACCUGUGAAUAUUUCUGAGGUGUC